AUGGCCACGAUAAUCACCUCCAUCAUUACUUGCUGUUCCGCAUGCUGGCGGGUUACAAAGGAAUAUGCGAUCUACCCAGUCAAGCAGUCCAUCGUAGACACCUUCGACAGCAUCCAAGAAAGCUUGUUUCCGUACAAGCAAGGCGUGAAGGUGCCCUACAGCUACACAGAGGUGCCCAGCUUCAAAUUUCCGUGA